AAGGUGAAGAAGAAAAGGGAGAAUAAAUCAAAAUAGAAAGAAUGAAGAGCAAGAAAAAUAAAUAAAAAGAGAAUGAGAGCAGAAAGAAAAUCAAUGUAAAGAGAGAAGAGGAAAAAGAAGGAGGAGAAGAAGAGCAAGAAGGAGGGACAGAAGAGCAAAAGAAGGUACAAGGAGAAGAUAAUUAAGAAGAGGAGGAAGAAGCAAGAUGAAAAGGUGGAAGAGAGACAAAAAAACAGAAAAUAAAAGGGAGAAAUUGAAGACAAAGUAGAGUAAUAUGGCGAAAAAGGAAAGAGGAAGAAGAAAUAAUUGAAAAGAAGAACAACAAAAGUAAAAAGCUGAGUCUGUAGCCGAUUUCUUUUGAUUGUUGUUGUUGCUGCUGCUUCCAGAAAACACCAUAGGAAACAGGUGAAUGGCGGUAGAAAAGGUUGGAAGUUUCCCUUAAAAGGCCGAACAAGUGCAGAUAGUUGUUAGGCUGUAGGAGGUUAAUUUUAUCUGCAAAUUAUAGUGAUCAGCAGAAACGGCUUUGUAUUUCUAUUAUGCAAAGAUCUUCACCUGGAAUAAGCACAAUCACCUUCUGGUUGAUAUGUGGCCUAAUAGUUCUUUUGUUCGCUUCUUGUUCAUUUAGCGAGGAGUUUGACCCAUAUUUUACACUUGGACUGAGAAGAGAUGCAUCGAAUAGAGAGAUAAGGAGAGCUUAUAAAGCUCUUGCAAGGAAAUGGCAUCCAGACAAAAAUAAGAAUCCAAAAGCACAAGAAAUGUUCAUGAAAGUCACAGAUUCCUACAAUAUAUUGAGCAAUGAAGAGCGCAGAUAUAACUAUGAUAAUUUUGGUAUGACUAAAGAACAACCAUCUGGUCAACACUCUGAUGGCUACCACAGUCCUUUUGGGUUUCAUUCAAAUGCAAAUUGGAUGCCAUUCAGUGAUUCAUUUUUUGGAAAUAUGGGGAACAAGAAUAUUCAAAUUCUUACAAAUCAGUUGUAUGAAAAAACGGUUCUCCCUAUGAGUUAUAAAGCUCCACAGAUGAUUUAUAUUUAUGGUGAUUGGUGCUUUCAGUGUAUGCAGCUGGAACUGAUUUGGGAAUCAGUUGCAAAUGAUAUGACAUCUCUAGGGAUUGGCUUUUAUGAGCUGAAUUAUCAGUAUAGCAGGACACUGAACAGCAGACUUGGUGUAAGGUAUUAUCCACAAUUCUUAGCUGUAUUUGAAGGCAAGGUUCUGGAAUACAACAUGGAAGAAUAUUCAAAAGAAAGUUUCAGGCUGUUUGUUUGGAAGCUGAUUCCACAAGGCCUUGUCAAACAGCUUAACAAAGAGAAUUACAUCGAGUUCUUUCGUCAGUGCUUUAUUGACAACAAGCCACAGGCCAUUUUAUUCUCAAACAAGAUAGAUGUACCUCUUCUGUUUAGCCUGAUUGCAUAUCAAUACCACCAGAAGAUUGCUUUUGCAUAUGUGAAUAGUGCACGACCUGGCUCUGAUGGUUUAUUGAGUAGAUAUGGAGUUCAGAAAAAGGAACAACUGUUUCUUAUUCUUAAAGAAGAACCUUCAGUGCCAGAGGUUAUCCUAAAGGGUUCGAGUCUAAGCCAGAAAGCUAUCCACAAAGCGAUCUCUGAGAAUUUGUAUUUUCACCUUCCACGCUUAUCAUCUCAGGAGAUAUUUGACAGUAUUUGUCCUGUAUCAUCUGAAUAUUAUAAAAGAUACUGCGUACUUCUGUUCACGUUCUCACGCCAAGAUCAUAGCUAUCAAAGAUAUCUCCUAAGAAAAAUGGCAAAAGACAUGAGAUGGAAAGAGAGAAAUGUUCAAUUUAUGUACAUCAAUGAAGACAUACAAAAGAACUUCAGGAUCGAUGAUGCAAAAUCUGAUGGAUCUUGCCAGAAUGGAGAACAGGCAUUGAAGGUGCUGGUUUUCUUGCGUCUAUCGUCAAAACGUAUUCUUUAUGACUGGCUACAUGGAGGCUUUUGUCCUGAUGAUCCCGAGGACCCGUCGGUGAAACUCGCGUCCAUGCUCGAGCAGCUUGUUGGUAGAAAAAUAGAUCUAUCUAGAGAAGCAAACAUAUCCGCAAUCAGCGAUGAGCAUCAGCCACACUUGUUUUAUCGUAUUUCCAAGCACAUGAGCUCAUUUUUUGAUCACGUGGUCGAUUCAUACCAGUUCUUUAGUUGGAGCAGUCCUGUUUCCAUGAUAAUAAAUUCAAUGUUGAUUGGCAUUGUGCUUGUUGCUAGUGUUCUGUUACCUCUUGCUGGGAGAUCCUCAUCACAACAAGAGGAAGAGGUUGAUUGCACUGUCUUGGGAAUUAAGAAGCUUACUUCCAAGAACAGCAAGGAGCUAAUCACCAAUGCUCCUCCGGGGAGGUUCACGGUCAUCAUUCUUUUAGAUGCGGAAAACUUAAGUCAGGUAGAAGAUUCACCAAUCAUGCAGGCCUUUUCGGACGCUACAUACACAUUUGUCAGAGGAGAGCUGAUCACGUUUGCCUGGCUUUCCAUUCAAGAGCAGUUGUCUUGGUGUGCGGAAGUUAUGGACAUAAGAGAGUUUGGGAAAGUUCUACCAGGCACUGUAAUAGCCGUUAAUGGUCGUAAGAAAUACUUGCAUGUUUUUAAACCAAAUGGUAACGUGAAUCAUGAAAGACUUGCAGAUUUUAUAGGCCUUGAAAGUGACAAUGAAAUAGAUGAUGAUGAACUGGAUGGGCGUGCUUUGCAAAGUCAGAAAAUCGCAGUUAUAUCUAUAAGAAAUUUUUUAGGUACUUGGCUAGAGAGACUUUGUGAUGGAACAUUGACUGAUCGGAUGCGUGUUGAUAACUGGCCUAAACUGGAGCUUUAGAAACGAUAUCUGUUUGCAGAUUGCGAACAGUUUUGUUUGGCUAAACUUUAGGACUUGCAAAAUUGAAUGUAUUUACAAAUUUCAGGCAGAGAUAUUUAUUUGUAUGUAGGGAAGGAAUUCCCGUUAAGGUUGACCAUCAAAGUUUAUACGAAAAGUAGUAACUAUUGCCUUUUGUACGCUUAUGCCACAUGGUUGUACCUCUAACAAGUUUAGUGGUUUCUUGUGUGUGCACUGCUAGAAUUGAUCAUUUAAGUCUAGAAACAGAGGGUGAGUAGAAUUUUUAGUACAAAAAAUAAUGCGUUUAUUCGAUCAGUUGAAUUUAUUUAAAUUUAGUGUGCCGUUCGAGGGGGUCAGUUUUCUAAAGAAUGCCCGCUUGUCCCCUAAAAGUAUCGUGGAAAUGCCUUCGAGUAAUUUUAAUUCUCUAUUCAAGCUCAGUAGCAGUAAAUUCGAGUGUCGCCUCUUCUGUUAGUGUUUUUAAGGACAUUAUCGAAAAUGCAGUAUUUUACAAUUACCUGUUGCAAAAGUAACCGUGACGUUAAAGCUGAAAGGAUAUUAAUCUCAUGGACCAGCACCAGAAUUCAAGUUUGUUUCGCAUACAAAAAACAGUUGAUAGAAUAUUUAUCAUUGUAACUGAACAAAUUUUAGUUUAAUAUUAGAUUUAGUAUAAAACUUGGUUUGUUUUGUCAUUUGUUUCAAUAUUCGACUACCUUACGACCACAGAAUCAGAGAAUGUUGAUUCUUGAGUCAACCUUAUCCUGAUAUAUUUCUAAAGAUUUAUUUGCUUGAAAAUAAUUUGUUAUGUAGUCUUUUUACAUGUGUCAUAGCUUUUUUUCGGCUACUUAUUGUGGUAUUCUACAAAUUGGUCAAAAGUUAAGAAGAAAUUAAGAACAAGCUGAGGCUGAGCUAAUCUAAAAUGCAAUUUUAAACAACGUUUUAUUUCAAGUACGAGGACUUUUGGAUGCUUUUCCGGUAAAUUUUCAAACUUAUCGGCAAAUGAAGGUUGUUUCACUUACUUUGUUGGCAAAUGAGGCCUAAACACCUCCAUAGAGCGAAAAAGCUAGCAAUGGCACUGCUUACACCAUGUUAAUUUAAGAACAAAAUAAGAACAAUCCAGCCUCAAAAAAGAGUGUAUAUAUUUAUAGACUAAGUACCCAUCCCCUUUUUGCUGAA